AUGCUCAUCUUCUCCGUGUUCAAAACUCUCACAGACCAGCAAGUCACGGUCGAACUUAAGAACGACUUAUCCAUAACCGGCGUCUUGAAAUCCGUCGAUCAGUUCUUGAAUAUUAGGCUGGAUAAUAUCAAAGUCUUAGAUGAAGCACGGCACCCACAUAUGAUGGCAGUGAAGAACUGUUUCAUACGUGGAUCGGUGGUGCGAUACGUGCAACUGCCAGCGGAACAUGUAGACACCCAACUUCUGGAAGACGCUACGCGGAGGGAGGCCCUCACCCAAGUAAAACGAUGA